AUGGGCCCCGAGAAGCUGGCCGUGACGGUGCUGUUCGCGAUUGCCCUGUACAACAGUAUCGAACUGGUGAUUCUGGUCUUUGUCACCUUCACCCGCUACACCGGCUUGUACUUCUGGAGUUUGUUGCUGUCCGCCGUGCUCGGGGUGAUCCCCCACGCCCUGGGUUACAUGCUCAACUUUUUCCGACUGGCCCCGGACGGCCUCGCCAUCACCAUGUCCACCAUCGGCUACUGGUUCAUGGUCCCCGGUCAGUCGGUCGUGCUGUACUCCCGCCUGCACCUCGUCGUGCAGGACCCCCAGGUGUUGCGCCGGAUGCGCCUGCUGAUCAUCGUCGGCUCGAUCGUCUUCAUCAUCCCCACCACGGUCACGACGUACGGGACCGUCUUUACUGAUAAUGAGGACAUCAUCCGCGCCUACAACGUGAUCGAGCGCAUGCAGCUGACCUGGUUCUGCAUCCAGGAAUUCAUCCUGGCCGGCAUCUACAUCUACCAGACGGUCCGCCUGCUGCGCCUCAACCCCGAUAAGACCGCCCGCCGCAGGAAAAUCAUGUACGAACUGCUGGCCAUCAACGUGGUGAUCAUCCUCAUGGACAUCUCGCUGCUGGUCAUCGAGUACCUCGGCCUCUACGUGAUUCAGGUCACUCUCAAAUCCGCCGUCUACAGCAUCAAACUCAAGCUCGAGUUUGCCGUCCUGGGUAAGCUGGUCUCGCUCGUCAACCUGCACGCCGCGUCGGCGCCCACCUCGGCCGAGACGGGCGACUUUCCGACCUUUGUCGACCCUUCCCAGAUCCACGGCGAUAUCACUCACGCAACUGCCACCACCCCCACCGGCCGGGGGCGAUCCCCGCGCUCGCCCUGGCACACCAGGACCAUCUCUCUGGAGAGUCUACCGGCCUCGGUGACGAGAGCUCGUUCAGCCUUGUCAGACCUUCGUACGCGGAAUGCCGUUCCAUGA